AUACGAACAUGGGUAGCAAGAACAAACGUAAUAACUAAGCCCGAAAAUGCGCGCCGUUGUUUUGUAAAGCAAAUCAAAAGUUGAAUAUACGAAACAGGAAUCUAGCAGAGUUUCGGUCGAAGUAUUCUAAUGUCCGAAUUGCGGCCGAAUAGUGUUGUGUGUAUCAUUUUUCUUAGCGCGUAAUUUGGGGUAACAAAUCAGCAUAGUGAAGUGAGUUACAUCAACAAGUAAACAAUGCGAGCGAGGUGGUUAUGAAAUUUCGCGGAUCAUUUUCGUCGUCGCAAUGAAUCUGGUACAAGAAAGAAGAAAAUUAGCGAGAAGCGCAAAGUGUUUGAUUGGUCGGUGGUCUAGAAUGACUAGGUUUGCCAGAUAGGCUACGAAGACCGGUGAAUUGCGCGUUUGCUGACGCCGUCGGCAAAGCCGGCCUUGUCGUCAACUUUCAGCGCGUUUUUCGCUGGUAACGGUGGAGGAAUGGUAUCACCUUCGAAAUCCAAGCUUUCCAAAAACGCCAGUCAACAGCAGCAGCAGCAGCAGCAACAGGAACAGCCGACACCGCAAUCAUCGCAUCGAAAAUCGGCCAACUCAUCGAACACCAACAAAGUGAAACUGGUGAAAGGACCCAAACCGUUGAUUUACCAUCGGUUCUACUUGGAUAUCGAGCGGCAUCAGGUGGCGACGAAGAUCGAAACUACCAUCAAAGAACUUGGCGGUUCGAUCGAGUUUUUCCUCAACAAGGAUAUAACCCACUUCAUCACCGAUAAGCACCAGCAAGCGAGUGGGUCGCUUCCGAUCACUACAUCAGCUGCUGCCGGGACUGGCGAGCGGUACGACGAACACCAUCCAUCACCGUCCGGAGUCAGUAGCUUAGCACGCCGAUUUGGCCCCGCUUCACCGGCGGCAGUAAACUCGCCGGACACGCCAAUCCUUGGCACGCGGAAUCGGCAACAACUACAGCAGCAGUCGGUCCGUGCGAGGCACCAUUCACUUCAUCCGACGCACCAGCAAAACCCCUACGGUCAAUAUGUAAAUGAUUACGGUCCGGCGACCAGUCGUACAUCGUCACCAUGCCCAACACCGACAAUAACAACAACAUCCACAGCAUCAUCAUCGGCGGUAUGCAGUUCCGGUGCGGUCAGAAGCGUGCAGCAGACGGUGGCUACCGGAGAAGUGGCCACCUUCAGCAGCACUGCACCGGUAUCGCCAGUGACAGCAGGAUUGGAUGGGAAGGGUAAAUCAACUCAACCCGCUAAUACCAGCACCGCACAAGUGUUGCCGCGCAACCGUGCGGAUGCUAUGCUACAGCGUGUCCGCCAACAGCACCACCAACAACAGCAGUAUCAAUCAGCAACACCCCACCACUUGUUACACUCGUCGCCACUAAAUCCACCGGUGUACGUACACGGAACGCCAACAAAAAGCGAAACACCGCUAGGAACGCCACCGUCGUUCCACUCGUCCUCCCACCAUAAGCCACCGAAUCCGGCGAGUCCUUGUUACAGUCCGGCCGGUGGUGGAUCGGUUGGCCCUUCUCGGCAACCGAAACAGCCACGACAAAACAGUCCCGUCCAGCUUGCCCGAUCCUGGGGAAUACCUGUGUGGAGUGCGGAGCAGGCGCUCAAGUUUCUCCGAAAGGUGCUCGACUCGGUACAGAACGAAAACCGCAACCGUUCGACUUCGUUGGCUCGCACGGCUGAAGGGAAUAGAGGCAACAAAAGUGGACUGCUAGACGGUGGUGGAGGACGUCUGCAUCAUCAUCAUCGGGGUCAUCACCACCGGCGACACAAUCACGUUCCGCACCAGCACGUCCACCAUCUCCGGGGACAGUUUAUAAAAAUCGAGUGUCUGUCCAAUCCGGACAAUUUUCGACCGAUCUACCAGGAGUUCAAACAGUGGCCCAUUUUACUUACCGCCGCCGAGGACUAUUCCCUCAAGAAAGCCCCAUUUGCGGACGCAAAUCAACCCCCGGGACAGGCUAAAGAAACGACGGUGGGGGUUGGAGGUAAUGGUGGUGGCAAAAAGACAGCCACCAUCAACGCUGCGACGCAAAACACCACCGCUGUGGAGGAAGACGAUCCGGCGACCGGUUGUGGUAGAAUGACGAGGAAGUUACUAUCCAACACAACUGCAACGACGACACCGUUGGGCAACGAGGGUGGCGACCAAGGUGGAGUGGUAAAGCAAAGGCAAAAGUCGGAGAAAGCAGUGCCACCGCCGCCGCAGACCCAGCAGCAGCAGCCCCCUCGGGAUUGCGGUUAUUGCGAGAUCUGCCGGAUCGAGUACGAUUCGCUGGCGGUGCACGUUCAGUCCGAAAGUCACCGAGCGUUCGUGGAGAACGACGAUAAUUUUCUGUCGCUCGAUCGUUUGUUCGGUUCGAUUGGUUCCGGUGGCGGUGCUUUUGGUGGCGGGCUGUUCGACGAAAAAAACGACGAAGGUGGUGGUGCUGUUGGAGCUGCUGCAGGAGUGGCACCGAGCUUUGGGAACUUUGGAACGUUUCCGGGCGAAGGAAAAUCCCCCAAAGCUGGUGGGAAAAAGCAAACAUCAUCAAAAACGGUGACGGUGACGGUGACGACGACGACGACGGCCGCCGCUGACGACGAACAACUGAUCGAACGAAAGGAAAAAUCGAUCGGACAAACAACAACACAACGCCAGCAGCAGCAGCAGCUGAACGAAGGAGAGGUGGAUGUGAAAGAUAAGGCGAAGGAGCAGCAACAAGUGAAAGGGGAAAACUCUACGAUAAACCAAACCUUUGCUGAUGAACAGAAAGUGAGUGAGGGCGAAAAGGGGAAGAAGAAGGAGGGUGGGGAUGGUGUCAAUCUCAACGAUACUCAAGAGCUGAUCAAGCUUGCCCUGGCAUCGACAGUGGCAUACUUUGAAAGUGGCAGCAGUGACCGGGGAAAAAGUGAACGGACAUCGACCGGUGGAAAGAAGGACUCUAAACGUAGCAGAACGGUGGUAGAGGACAGCGAUAGCAAACGCAUUAACAGUAGUUUGGUGGGUGGUGAUAGUGAAAUCCUUCCGCAAGAAGUCAGUGCUGUUGUUGUGGAGGAGAAAACAAGGAAACGUGGUCGACCAUUCGGAAAACGAAGCGAAGGUAUUGCUGGGGACAUUAUCAGGGUGAUUGGACGUGUUAGUCGGUCAUCGGCAGCAGCAGGAGCAGCACUAGCGUCUUCAACAACGGCUGUUGAAGAAGAAGCAGAGGAAGGGAACGAUAACGUAAAGCCAUCACUACUGCAGACGGAGCAGAAGCAGGAGGAGCGCAAGGGAAUGUUUGGGCGACGGUCAGCAAUUCAUCAUCAUCCGCAUAAUCAACUGAACCAUCAUAACCAUCAGAAGCACAAAUCGACCCUCAGCGCACUAUUGCUCAAGCAGCAGCGGGAAAGGGAGCUGCAGCAGGAGCAGGUGGAAAAGAAGGAGCAACCCUUAACGAGGGAGGACGAGGAGGAAGAGGAGGAAAAGAAUCAAGACAAACCGGGUACCGAUACCAGCUCCGACAGCAGAAGAAACCUCAUCGAUGAUGAUUAUCAUCAUGCAGUCGGGAUGAAAGUGAUCACCAAUUUUCGCACGGAGCAAGAAGAGCUUGUUGCGGACAAAUCGGCACUCGUAGUGUCACCGCCAAAGUUGACCACCGGUGGUGUCGACGGUCUAAGGAAAGAGGAAGAGACGGCAACGCCAACGACGGCUGCCGUGGCAAACAAGCGAAGGAAACGUCGUGGUUUGGCCACAUCGACGACGACGACGACGACGACGGAAUUGGAUACCGAAGGGAACGAGCUUCUUGCGAUGGGUCAGAAAACGUCCACCACGGCUAUGAAUAAACACCAUCACCAUCAUCAUCAUCAUCAUCAUUUGCAUCAUCCAAACGACGAUGAUGGUGGUGUAGGGGCCGGACUGGUGGUUGGUACAAAAACGCGCCAUACUACAGCCGAGGUCCAUCAUCAUCACCAUUUGCUCGAAUGCGAAGGGUUGGACCCGAAGAACACGAAGCGUAUCAGCUUGGGACUACGGCAGAAUCCGAAGCGAGCGAACCUGAACGAAGACUUUACCAGCCUACUAGACGAAACGCUCGAGCGAUCGAAAAUGGCGUCAACGAUGGCGGCCACCACCGGUGGUGCGACUGGUGGUGGUACGUCAGCGCGGAAAGCUCAAUCCCGGGUACGGCAAAAACAGCACGGCGGAGUUGGGAAAUCCCCGGUCAAGGAAGAAGGAGGUAGCAAAGGUGGUGACGUGGAACGACGGCUCCAUCAUACGAAUAGUGGCUGUGAAGAGGAGAAGGAGUCGGAUGAUGUUGAGCUAGAGCUGGCGGAAGCAAACGAACGGUUAGGGAAAACGAACCACCAACGGAAAGUGGACAACUCACCGGGUGCUGGUAGUAAGGCAAGAAGCCGGCCGGCUGUUGGGGGGAAGAAAAGCGCAUCCGCCGCAGCCCUGGAAGACAUAAAGGUGCGCGGUAUACGAUGGAGAGCACCGAGUCCAACAACACGGCCACCGGUAAAGUCUCCCCUGCUGUACAAAGUGAUUGAACAAUCACCAGCCACGCCAGCUCCGGAAGCCAACUCCUCCCGAAUUGCGGUUACUAAUAAAAAGUCGUCUGUCUCGGUUGCCAACGCAACCGUCAGCAACACGUCAACCACUGCCGCCGAUUUACAGUGUCCAAACAACAGCAUCACCAGCCAACGAAGGUCAUCGAAGUCUGGCAAGGGUGCGUCCCCGAAGAAGAACGGUCUUAUCGUAAAGAUUCGGCGAGUCCGACAGUCGGAGCUUAGUCUGUUAAACGAUGAGGCAGAGAACUUUAUGUUCCCCCGAAAGGACGACAGUAGCUCGGAGGUGGAUACGGACGACGAUCGCCAGACGUCGUCGGAGGGAUAUAGGGCGGCGGUUUGUGGCGGUCUCGGUGAUGGUAUCGCAGGCAAUAACUAUUCGAUCGAUCUACCGAGCAGUAGCGAAGGAGAGCGAGCGAAAGUGGAAGAAGCCGAGGUAGAGAAAGAGGAGGAGGAGGAAGAUACGCCGGUUAGUGGUGGUGGUCGAAAGAGGAAAAAAGGUCAAUCUGUCAAACAUGGUCGUGAAUGCUCGAUGGAAAGUGAACCGUCAUCGUCGUCGGUUCCCGGAUCGCCUACAAUAGCACCCCCCACAGCUAAGCGUCAAAAACUGGACGAGGACAAACCCCCGGCCUCCCGGCGGAAAGGCGGAUCGCAAACAACGUCGUCCACCGCCGAUUAUGACAAGUGUCAAGAGCCGGCCGGGAGCAGGCCGCGAUUUCCAGAGGCCCCCAUCCAGCCAGGCCCAGUAGCAGCAGCAGCAUUGUCAUCUGCUAAAGAGCACCAACGGACACGGCGACGCCGCAGUCCAUCGGUUGCAGUCGCGGUGCCGGAAGAUGACGAUGAGCGGUCGGCGGUAGCUGCAGAUGAACACGAACGCGAGGAAACUCGUGAAGAUGACGAUGUCGACGAGGUGGAAGAGGAAGUGGAGAAGGAAGUAGAAAUUAAGCAGGUAAGAAAGCCAGGUCGAGGACGCGGUCGAUGGAAAAAAGUGGACCAGGAACGUACCAUCUCCAGUACGACAGCGAAACCGACGUCGGCUUGUAGCAGUUGCUCGUGCGGAGUUACGCGGAGGGGUCGUGGUGCCGGACGGCGUGGGCGAGGCCGAGGCCGUGGUGCAGUAUCGUAUCGCGGUGGACGCGGUCGAAAGCUUGCAUCGGCCGGUGGCGUCUGUCGCUGCCAACUGCUCGAUGCGACGCGUAUGCCUCCACCAUCCGGAACGAUCGAUGCUGCUGGCGGUUGGCGUCGGAACAGCGAAGACGAUGGAUCCUCUUCUUCUACAUCUUCCUCCUACCAGCCCACGACGACUCCUGGUCGCCGAAAAGGAGCGGGCUCCUCGCGGGCGUCGAAAACCAAAACGACCCCACCAGCAGCCAGGCGUGAACAGUCCCCGUCAUCUUCAGCAUCGUCAGCAUCAACGUGUGACAUCGUGAGCAGUAGCAGCAGCAGCUACGCCAGCACAGCCAGCAGCUGCGCCGUCGGCAAGGGCAAGGAGGAUGGGAUGGGGGCAGUAUUCAAGUGGAUCAACUUUCGCAAGCGCUGCGAAGAGAUCGAACCGUAUCGGUUUGCAUUCGAACGCGUACCAUCGCUAGAGCCGUGGUACGAAACGUUCCAGCGCCAAGACGAUGGCACGGAGAAGGUUUACGAAUACUUCGGUAGCACUGGCUACCGGAAACUACCGUACGAAAUGGGUCCCCUACCGGCGCUGGGGCAAAACUGUUGCAUACUAAACUACAAGGUGGUCGCAUGCCGAAAGUCGAAUCGCACCGCUUCACUACAAUCCUGUUCGUCGUCCUCGAUGGAGCCACCUUCGCCGGGGAAACGAACCAGUGGUUCGCGGCCAAGCUCUGCGGACACGGCACAACACCACCAUCCCGGCACGACGAGCACAGCGUCAACCGGAGAUACCGAGGCAAAGAAAUCAUCACCUUCAUCGUCAUCAUCAUCAUCGUUACCGUUGAAGAAGCGGAAGCUUUUGCUACAACAAGAUGCAGCGGCUGCAAGUAGCGCUGGAAGUGGUGCUGGAACAUCCGGUGAUGCUGGGGAAGGGUCAAGCGAGCGAAGUUCACACGGUAGUCGAAUAUCGAGGCUUAUUGCGGGGGUUAACGAAAGACCCCGAAAAUCGCCCCGUGAACACGCGUCGACACUGGCCAUUCUCAGUUUGCUCCAGCAGCAGCAGCACCGGAAGCGAGCAGCCGCCAUUAAGAUUCUCACCAGCCCAAAGAAGGCCACAACUGCUACGGCUACGCAAACAUCGGCGUUCCUGGAUCAUCACCAGUUCACGGCGCAAGACGGAGACAUUGGUGACGAAUUGUCGCGUCGUUCUUCGUCACGCGCAAGUGAACGGGGUGCGUCCUCCGGCGGUGGUGGUAUUAAGUUCGAGCGACCCCUGUUCCCCGACAGUGGCUACGUCAAUAGCCGCACCCUGUGCCAAGAGAUGGAUGCGUUCCUGACAGAAGAACUGAAUCGUGUUGCCGGUGAACGAAGGACCUCGUCGACAACCUCUGCCGUUAAGAAGGAAGAACCGGAGGAAGUAAGGCUCCGCGAGGAUCUUCAGCAGCAGCAGGAGGACGAAAAACAGAAAGAAGUUGACCAACUCCUGGAGGAAAUUUCCGACGACGAACCGAUUCUCCUACCGCCAUCGGUCGCUCACGAAGGCAUUGCAAUCGAGCGUGACAAUCUACCGGUGAGCAAGCGCGAUCUGCUGGAUGUUCUGCAGACGGUCGGCUCGGAGCCUCCGCUCAGCCUGAAGCUGGUACAGCGCUGCGAGUCGGUGGUGAAAAAGAUCGUCCAGUACGAUCGUAAAACGCGUCCGAUGCUUUCAAGCGGGGCCGGUGCCGGCGGGCUGGGCAUAUCAUCCAUUUCGUCAACCCCGAUCGGAUUGCAGCUGUUCGAUAGUGGCUCAAUGCUGGCGGCCUGUGCCGGUAGCGGCGCUGGUGGUCCUGGGUCGGGCGGUUCGUUCCUUAAGAAGCGCAUAAAUCGCACCGGCUGGCCAACGAACAAACGCAAGAUCGGUACGCGGACGCGGCUUCAGGCGAGGUUUAUGGUGCGCUCGUCCAACUCCUCCUCCGGUCCCGGCCGAGGUGGUGGUGCCAGUGGAAAGGGAGGAAAAUCAACUGGUGUCCUACUGAAGUCGGUUUCAAGCGAGUCGAUUAAAAAAGAGCCAACCGAAGAAGUAGAUGGUGGUGGCAUUGAGGAGGAGGAGGACGAUGACGGUGAAGAGGAUGAUGAGGAAGAAGAAGAUGAUGAUGAUGAUGAGGAGGAAGAAGAGGAGGAUGAGGUAAAGACGGAUGAUGAUAGUCACGAACGACGAAGGCGUGGGCAUCGGAAAGCUCCACGGCGGAAGACGCGUGAUCCCGACGACGAAGACGACGACGAUGACGAAGAUGACGUAGAAGAAGAUGAGGAAGAAGGGGACGAUGAUAGCGGGACUGUGGUGGAAGUAGCCAACAAAUCUAAGCAUCAUCAUCCCUCCAGAAGGAAGAAAAAAGAACCCAGCCAUGAAAAGACUGAACGACGAAGGAAGUCUACGCGUGAAGAGGAACAUUGUGAGGCGCUAGAGGAAGAACACGGGACGACUGAGAAACCAAACACCUGCCCACCGGAAGAAGCUGCUGGGCGAGGUAGAAGAAGGUGUAUUUCCUCAAAGAGUGAAGAUUCAACUAAACUCGUCUGCAAGGACGACGAAGAAGAGGAGGCAGCGGCUCCUCCCCGGGAAUCGAACGAAAACGACGAAAGCGAUGGCAAAGUCCCCAUGACGAAAGAGCGUAAGAAAAAGGAAGAAUCUAAACGGAUACUUGAUUCUAUGCCGACGCUAAGGGCGGCUCUGAUGCGGGACAACAGUCAGUUACAGCGACAUCUGAGCGUACCCUCCUCUUCGUCGUCCCCGUUGCUAGCGGCGGCUAUACUGGCACCACCAAAGAUGUCUUCGGGACCGGUUGUUGAUGCGCCACCGGAAGAUACCACCGCCAUCGUUAGAGGAGGACCAGCGGCUGUCGUCACUUCAUCGUGCCGUAUAUCCUCGGGUUGCAGCAGUCUAUGUCCAACAUCCACGGGACAGCCCAGCGUAGUAGGUAGUAGUUGCUGUAAGUACGUGACCAAAACAACCACCACCAUGACGCGCGUCGACUACGACGGAGGAGCGAACAGUGGAAUCAGUUCAGUGGCGGCGACUGGUGGCAAACCUUCCGGAGGACGAAAGUCACGCGAACGAGCCGAAAUAGGUGUUGUCGAUGUGGCACGGUUGGGCGAGUGGUCGAGUGUGGAAGGAAAUUCGGCCGCUAACCGUACAAACCGUCCUCCUCGAUCAUUGGCGGGAGGUGUCGGAACAACAUCGGUUUCGGCGGGCACCACGAACCACGCGCAAUCGACGUGCGCGACUGAGGAUGACGACAAGGAGUGCGAUUCCAUCAGUUCCCGAAGCAUCUUCGUGAGUGAUGACUGUGAUACAACUUCUUCUUCAACCGUGCUCAACGCGCCGGAUGAUGGCGGUGGUCUUCCUCCUCAGUUAGAACCCACAACUCCUUCCAGCUCUUCUGGAGGAGGUGAUGUGAAGAAAUGUAUCAUCUCCCAACCAAAUGAUUGUGGGGAAAGUUCCGAACAUGACGAAAUCGUUCGGAAUGAUACGGCACCGCACGAGGCGAUAGCAACAAGUACAGUUAAAAGCAAAACGCCUCGCACGCCAAGCGAGAGAAUCCGGAACAAGAUGGUCCAGAAACGAAGUAGAAAUGCCAAUAAGGUCUCUCGCGAAAAAGUUGACACGAUUGAGAAACCAUCACUGCAGGAAACGGCGAAAUCGAAUAGUCACUCCCGGCGUAGAUCAUCAUCAUCGGUGCUAGCACCACCGGCCCCAACGCAGUCACAGUUUCCACCCCCAACGAUGAUGCCCCUGUCCCCACCGCUAACCACUUCCACGUCCUCGUCAUCCUCAUCGUCGUGCGGUGUGGAUGAUAAACCGAUGUCUCCGAUGGUGGUGGCCGAAUGUAAGCACGACGAUGAGGCGGAUGAUGAUCACGACGAUCACCACGGUUCAAGCACACGGCCUGCGGUCGAAGAUGAACAACUUCCCCCUAUCAACAACACCUCCCUGCUGAUUCCAUCGAAGAUAAAAACUCGCUCAUCCACGUUCGGUCGGUCGCCUGCGAAGCGAACCUAUGGGAGAGCGAAAGUGGUCACGCCCGUGAAGUAUCCUUACGUUGCCCUGGUAAGAACGAGCUUUCUGCCCAAAGGAGGAGACCCGGUGGAUGUCAACGAACAGCAGCAGGAGAUUUCCGUCGUUCCAUCACCCGCUCCAUCGCCGACGAUUAUGAGCUCCAGCAAGCGGAAACGGAGACGGAAGGCCGCUGAGUCGGAUGCCUCGCUAGUGCCCAAAGUGCCAACGAAACGAAAGUCCAAAGCUUCGGUCAAAGUAUCGAAAGUGAAGCAUGCCAUGAUCGCUAGGAAACCUAAGCAACCAUCGAAGCAAUCGAAGAACAUCGAUCUGUCAGAUGGGAACAACGUGGAAGAGGCGAUCGAAGAUGGCGGCAAAAAGAAGCGCAAAGGUUCUUCCACCGUUGUCUCGAUCCAUCAUGUCGCGGUAACACCGAAGGCGCCACGUAAACAGGAGCUAAAGAUAAAGGUGUUCAAUCACGGUAGCGGCCACUUCAAAAGUGUCAGCAGUGUCACUUUCGAGAAUGACGAAGACGAAGAGCAACAUCAUGAAGGUGCGAAUUUGGAUCCAUUGGCAAUGCUGGGUGGAAGUAUCCAUAGUCUGGACGAGGAUCCUGAACAAGAGGAAAAGGAUACACAGGUCGAGCUGAUGGAGGAACAUUUGAUAGAAGAAGAAGGGGAAGUCGAAGAAGACGAGCAUGAAGAGGAUCAUCACGAUUAUAGCGAGCAACACGAGCAGGAUGUUGAUGAAGCGCAAGAGGAAGAGGAGGAGGAGGAGGAACUGGAACACCACCACGGUAUCGUUGAAGAAGAGGAAGAACAUAUUGAAAUGCUCGAACUGAUGGAGGUUGAUGAAGAAGAAUUGAAUCGUCAACACGAGCAAGCAGGGGAUGAUAGUGGGGAGGACGAUCACGAGGAGGAGAUGGAGAAAGAGGAGCAAGAAGAAGCGUUCCUAACAGGCGACGAAGCGGAUCAUGAUGAUGAGUAUCCUGCUCGACAUCACGACAACCACGACGAAGAGGAGGAGCAGCGAAAGCUGAUGAUGUUGGACCACGACUAUGGUAAUCAUCGUCAUCAGCGGUCCAUGAUGGAGGAAUCGGAGUUUGUCGAGGUGGAAGAGCUGGAGGAAGAUCUGGAGGAGCUGGAAGAGGAAGAAGAAGAAGAAGAAGAAGACGAUGUGGACAGUACUGAGGAUGGCCAUCACCAACACGCAAGCGACAAUUUGGAGUUUGAGCUGCAUGGCGUUGAUAUGGAACAGCGGUUGCCAGCUGGGAAAGCAACACCAUCCGUAGCAGGCACCUCUUCAGCGGUAGUAACGUCGCCCACAGUAGCGCCAAGGUCGUCCGGUACGAGCACAAACCUUACCAAUACCGCCGCCACGGCAAAUAGCAGUAACACUUCGCCAACGAAGUACAGUCCGCGAAAGCUACGUAAACCUCGGGGCCGUUGGUACCGGGAACGAUGAGUGACUGACAGUAUCAACAGUGGUGGCAUCCGUUGGCAUCGCGUCAUGCUUGUGUAAGAUAGAGAGACCAACAACCAACAUGGCCAUAGUUUCCAUAUUUGAUGUAUUUGAUCAUCGUCGUCAACUAUUGCUUCUCUUGCUCCAAGACCGCGGUAUAAAACAAAGCUCACACUUUAUUUCGUGGGCCUUUCCAUAGUCCUUGUUGAGUGAGAGUCCAAGGGAUGUACGCAAGAAGCGCAUCAAUUAUUCAAUCUAUAAAUUGUAACGAUCACCGGUUGGAUUUAGAGGGAACAGUUUCUAAUAGCACUUGAUUUAAGCGACCCGUUUAAAUUUGGCCUUUGUUUUUAAUUCGUAAUCUGUCUGCCUGCACUCCAAAGCUUUGAGUAUAUAGUUUUGUACUUCUUUUUUUUUUUGUAAGCACAGUUGUGCAUUUUCGUUAGUCCAUUUUCGUUCAAUAAUAGCCAUUUAUUUGUCUAACGGUAUAAGAGAGCAUCACCUUUAAUUUUAUUAUCAUCUGUACACUGUUGUAUCUUUUGUGUCUUUUUCGUUUCCAUAUCGGUUAGAUGAAUGCUCCUUUCCCUACCAAUGUUCUCCCCCUCCUUCCCCCCAAAUGACUGCCACCGCGUGUCGUAUUUGAUUCGUUUCGUUAUGUUAGAACGUGCAGCUCAAAUAAUGGUCCCUUAUUAUUAUUAUUAUUAUUAUACCUACUGUAAAUGUACUUUUAGUUUUUUAAGCGCCACCGGUAGUUUUAAUAUCAGGCAAAGGCAAAAGAAAUAAUCGUGGUUGAACGAACACUAAAAAGAAAGCGAAACAGGGAAAAAACGUGAGUAUUACUAGACGAUGUGUGUAAACCGGUCGGAAUAGGAAGAUUAGGUAUUGUGAAAGGCAUAGAUCACCACCACACCACCCAGCGUUAGGAAAUCAUCAUCAGGAGGAAGGAGGGAAAAUAAACAUGUAUAGAACGAUCGUGUAAAAUUAUGGAAAAGGCUUUCUUCAUUAAUCUCUCCUAAUCUGUCGAUGGCGGGCGGGGACGUGAGUUUAGUGAUGGAGAAUUAUCUUAGUGCCAAUACUCGGCUAGGAAAAGGUUCGAUAAUGAAGGAUCUCCCAUAGUGGGAUGAUAAAAUGGGGUGCGAAACUAAUGUGUACCCCCCCCCCCCCUUGCGAGGAAAGUAAGGAAAAGGCAUGCGCAUAUAGUUAGUUGUGUAAGUGUUGUUAAGACGCAAAUUGAAGGGAAAUCGCGAUAACUUAGAAGAGAAGAAAAAAUGCAUAAUGGAGAAAUGAUAAAGAUGAGAAACUUGUUUCAAAUUACCUUUUUGAGUUUGUCUGUUUCAUUUAAACGUUGCAUUUAAAAUGAUCAUUUGUAUUUUUCAGUUAAUGGGUAUUUGUUUGUGGUUUGAUUUUAUUUUAGAUUUUCUCCGAAUGUUGUAGGUAAACAUCUGCUAGCUAAAUAUUUCUUCUGAAAGUGUUUCUUCGUUUUCAUUCGGUUUCUGUUGUUUUCUGAAAUGUUUGAGACUUCUAUGAAAAUACGUCUAUCCGAUGCUAAUGAUCGCGCUCUUGGGUGUGAAACCGAUUUUUUUUUCUAGCACAAAUUUUGUUGUUAUCACCGGCCAUGUCGGAUGUUCGCGCUUUUACCACUGUACGACAGAAUUAUAGUUUUGAAAGUACUGAGAAAGUAUCCUUUUACUUAGAAACCGCACAAAAAUGCAAGAUCUCACCACUGGUAGACAAGCGUCGGUUGGAAAUAUGUGAGCAAAUUUAAUUAGUACAUUAUAACGAGCCAAAAUUAUAGGGGAUGUGUUCGAACCGCACAUACGAAAAGGUAAACCACAGAGGGUGUCAAAAUUACGAACCAAAUCGAGGGAAAAAAAGAAAAAAAAAUUAACUAACUACUAUGCUAGGGAUAAGCACAAUUUCGGGAUGGCAUAGAAAAUAUGGAAAAACUUUGGAAGAAAAUGAAAAAUUCUGAUUUGAAGAAAAAACAAAAACUAAUCAUUGAACUGUGUAAUAAAUACAAAACUGAAAUGUCGAACAGUUUAAAAAAUAUAAGUCGGAAUCUUGGUGGUGGUUUUAUUUGAAAAUGAGAACGAUUUUUGUUAUAGUCCUUCCGUUUGUGGUUGGUACGCUUACCGUUCUACGAAACUAACUAAACCCAAUUAGUUAGCCUAAGAAAUAAAUUGGAA